AUGUCCAGCCACGAAGACGACCGAUGGCAACCAACCCCCUUGGCCACCGUCGAGAGGUCCCAGGCUCGGAGAAUACGUGUUGCAGAACGACCGAAACCCACUCGUCAGAGACUCCCUGAUAGUCUAGCCAGUCCACCCCGCCGACCGCGAUCAAAAGCACAAACACCGCCCCCGGCAUAUGAAGCUGUCAGUUCACUGGCUCGUCCUGUGGGCACACCGAGAGCUUCAAGCACGCCGCGAUGGCAGGAGCCAUCGGAAGACGCCUUUUCCAGCCGUGGUGUGCAACCAGGCGUCCAAUGUGGGAGUCAAGUGUUUGCCGUCAGCCAAGGCAUGAGCGAGACAGACAAACGGCAACUCAUUUUGUUGUUGCUCAACCAAUGCGACGAGGUCGCAGUUCGAGAACUUGCACAGGGGGCUGAGACCUUGAUCACGAUGGUCACUCACGCCGCCGCAAACCGCAGAUCGGCCUUCUUUGACCUUGGUGUUGCGCGGGAGGUACAUUGUGCAAAGUACCAGGGUAGUCUGAUCGCGCAGCUGCAGAUGGAAGCUGGGAUCAUGGUACUCCUCUUUGACUGGAAUCGUGAGGAGGCUUUUGACACACACGACGCCGAAAGACAAGUUGAGGCCGGUAUCGAGUACGCUUUGAAAGUCAAGCAAGUGCAAGAACUUUGUAGAACAUUGGGAUGA